GAGUUUUUAUUCAGCGUUAGAGAUGCCUAUUUACCUGGUAUAGAGGAUAAAUAUCUCAACCUGUCCGUGCUGGAUGUUAACGAAGCUCCUUCACUAACAUUGGCUGAGACAACUUAUGCUACCAUAGAAGAAGAUUCUGGAUACACUGUAGCAACAUUGAAUUUCACUUGCACUGAUGUUGACCUCAGGCAAACUACGAGUUUAACAAUAACGUCUGGAACACACAUGAGCUACUUUUCACUUGACUCAUCUACAGGUGUCAUGACGUUUGCUCAAAAUUGGGAUUUCGAAAAUGGCAUUAUUCCUCCGCAGACGACUUCUUUAGGGAUAACAUGUGAUGAUGGGAACGGAUUAAGUGAUGCUGGAACUAUUGUUAUCAACAUUGCAACAGUGAAUGAAUUUUCGCCUGUUCUAAGUACAACUGCAGAAGACAUUACUAUAUACAGUAAUCAAACACUUCUAGAUCCGUUGUUCACAGUCACAGCCACUGAUAACGAUUAUGGUGACGACGGUUUGUUCGACUUUUCAAUAAUUGGGGAAGGAAAGGGGUCAAAAUAUUUUACUAUUAGCAGCACAGGACAACUUUUUAUAUCCGACUACAUUGACUGGAAUUAUAAUCAUACAUUUGAAUUCACAAUACAAGUGUCAGAUGGGGAACCUAAUCCACGUACAUCGCAUGUUAACGUGAUUGUAACGUACAUAACGUCGUACAAGCCAACGAUCCCAAAAAAAGAAAGUGCGCGAUGCAUUUUAUGUACUAACAUUGGGAAAGCCGUGGUUUCUUCUCUGUGUGUUGAAGCAGCUCUAAUCGUGUUCUUGUUUGUUCAUAUGUGCUGCCGUAUGAAAGCCUAUCAAAUUUGUCAGCUUAAACCUAAACCAAGUCUACGGACUGUGAGUGAUAUAAAGAAAGCAAUACAGGACAGGUCGGAUACGGAUGAUCCGUACCGGCCAGGAUCAGAAAUGCUGAACAGAGCUUUGCCAGAUGACAGACCUCCUUCUCCCUUCAUGUACAAUGUACCCCCUAGAGUGAGAGCUGAACCCCCAGCUGCUGCAGAAUACAUCGAGCCGGGACCUGCCAUCAGCCUAGCAGAUAUUUCCGGUCCCCCAAAACGUUCAAGCUUUGAUCGAGUAGCAAAGAGUACCACUGCACGAGUUACAAAUAUGAAGCCGAAAAUGGAUAACGUUCCUUCUCUUUUCCAAAAUAAAGCGUAUGCACCGACAAGCAUGAAUGAACCAGGGUCUGUUGUUGAGACAAAGAUGUACAAAUUUACUAAAAAUGAUCAGCUGCUAGCACCGUCCAAGGUUUCAAACAAACACACAAGAAUCAGCCCUCUGUUUGACAGACCUGAUAAGUCCGUUUUAUACAGUGAUAAUUCAAGGCAUAUACCAGAAAUUGGAGAACCUGUUAUUUUGGCAGCAUCAGUUAACCUCAGCCCAGGAACGGUAAAUUUGAAUGAAAAUGAUGAUUCCGGAAGAACUUUAUCGACCGUUUCAGCCACCUGUUACCCAUCAACUAAUAACUUAAUCCUUGGUAUUUUUGGUACUACUCAACAUACUGUAAGUUGUGAGACCUGCACGAUCUCUUCUAAUCCAGACCCUGGUCUCUUCUACUGGUCAGGAGGGAACACGGUAUCCAAGUACUCUUGUUCAGCAACAGAUUGUGGUGACUGUCCUUCGUGCACGGCUUGUUCCACUUCUAACGGAUGUCUUACUGGACCAGCAACAUACAAUAUUGUUGUUCGUUGUUAUACAACUUCCUAUGACCAUGAUGAUGACGGAACAUCCACCCUGACUGUCAGUGUGGCUGAAGAAACACCAACAUUGACCAUUAGCCUUCCAGGUUCGGUAGCUGCGGAUAACUCAAUGAGCGUUAACGACGUGUUAACGACAGCGACUAAAUCAAGUGGACCUACCAUUGUGGAGUACACGAAGUCGUCAGCAGUUUCAAAUACAUACCUGCUCAAUACAGCCAACAUGUUUGAACUGAAUACAGCCAACGGACAAGUUUAUGUGGCCACUGACCCUUCAGUAGAGUAUGACAACACUUACAGUAUGGGAAUAUGCUUACACAGUCGCCGGCAAACGUCCUGUGGAAAUCUUCCAAUAAACUUUGAUGGGUGCUUCCAGACCCCAAACUGUAACGAUCAGACAGACACCACCAGUUUCAGUGACCAGAUUGCAGUCGGGGCAACAUUGUUUACCAUGACAUAUGCUAGCCCUUCAGCUCAUUUCACCGCAAUCAGUUCCACAUGGCAGAAUUUGAAUUUUGUAAAAGUUUCGUCAACACUAGCAGAAGCUUCCAUACAUUUAACGACAGGUGUUUUAUCCACAACUGGGAAUGUAACAGUAUGGCCGGACUAUCCUCACUCGACUCAUACCUUUGUUGUAAGAGUUAGCAACCCGGGAUAUUCGUGCAAUUAUAACGCCACUUGCACUAUGACAAUGCAGUUUUCUUUUACAAACUGGCCUAUACGUUUCAUCAGUUUGUCGACCACAUACAAUAUUCACGAGGACACGGACUCUCGGACACUAGUGCACAGUAUUACUACGUACGAUUACAACAACCCAGAUCAUGAUAAUGUCACGUGUGUAGUGACAGCCAAUGACGACACAGCUCUUCUUGAACUUACCCACAACGGAAACUAUUCCUAUGAUUCAUGGUUUAUUUACAAGAAAGUAUGCCAGGAUCCUAACUGUGGAUACAUUGGUGCUGCUUUCCUCUGUACCGUUGGUAUCGGAUGUUUGAACUACGACUUAGAUGACGAAUAUACGAUCACCAUACAAUGCAGUGACGCUUAUGGUUCAAGUGACACGGAAACCUUCACUCUGCAAGUAACGGAAAAUCAACCGCCAUCUUUCACAAAUACACCAACUACAAUCACAGUGAACACUGAUAAUGUAGCACAUUUAGAUACAGUGUUUUCUAUCUACUACUCGGAUGCAGAGGAUGAAACAUUAGACUACAAUUUUACUAUUACACCGUCUACACCGUCUUUGUUUGCGUUUGAUACUCGGGGCAACUAUUACGAUGAUCCGGCUAAUGUUACAGCCACUAUAUUCCAAUGGGACCUAGUAAAUAGCUCCUUUGCUGUUACCUUUUGUGGCCGAGAAAGAAGAAAUAUAGUCUGCUCUUCGUUUGAUAUUGACAUCCGAGAGUAUUGCGGGCCUACACCAGUAUGUAGCGAUGACUCAACAACAGUUACCGAUCAGUUUGCCACAGGCGACGAGCUGUUCCAAAUAGAUGUAACCGGAAGUGGAUACACGUCACUCUCUUACGUCAUAAUAUCCGAAUAUUCCAAUCUGUUUUCUGUAAAUCCGGCCACAGGCAGUGUAACAUCAGCAGCAGCCUUAGAAGCAAGGAGUCCUCCUGGCUCUACCACUUACUCUAUAGUUGCGAAUGUUUACGACACCGCUGCUUGUGAUGUCGCAGCUUGUGCGCUAAGUGUUGAAGUCACAUUUACCAACUUUGAUAUAUCUAUCGACAACAUGGGAAGUGUUAAUGUUGAUAUUCAUGAGGACGAGCAAGCGUCUGUGACAAUUGUCACCAUAGCAACAUCAGAUGACAAUACUGUUGACGGGGUCACUUGUGAGGUAGACAAUGCCGCAUCAACACCAGCAAAUAACAGCAUGUUCUUCGCUGUGGAAACAGACACUGGUUCGAAUGUUUAUGAGUUAAUGAGCAAAGAGGGACCAGGAUUUGAUUAUGACGUAGCAGACACGUAUACAGUAGUCGUUGUUUGUGAAGAUAAUUAUGGUUCCUCUGAUACAGCUACUGCUACGGUGAGCAUACUUGAGAACCAGGUACCAACAAUGGAUAACCUAAAUGCUGGAGACGUUAUCAAUGUAGAUCCGAUGACCAUAGGAGCUGGUGACGUCAUAUUUACUCUAAAAACAUCAGACGUCGAGAAUGAUCGACUGAAGUAUUCCUGUAGUGUAACGAACAAUUUCGUCCCUCUACAGUGUUUAUCAGAUGGCGUUGUGUCACUAAGAAGGGAUGUUAGAAUUCCGGACGAAGAAGGGGAAAUGUACAAUGUAACAUUGUGUAUAGAAGAUAGUGCUCACAAUCAUACAGUCUGUGAAACCCUAAAUGUCAAUAUUUCAUCAUCAAAAACAAACCCAAUACUGAACAACCUACCAAAUAGCGUAAGUUUUGAUGAGGAUUCUGCCGUUGAAGUCACGCUGUUUACCGCGACUGUAGAAGAUCCGGACGCACUUGAUGUUCACACAUUCUCCAUGACUGUGUAUCCUAAAACAUCCAGUUCAGCAUUCGCACUUGAUGCAAAUACUGGAGUUCUAACUUUGCAAGAAUCACUUGACUAUGAGACGCUAAACCAUUACGAGUUUUUAUUCAGUGUUAGAGAUGCCUAUUUACCUGGUUUAGAAGAUAAAUAUCUCAACCUGUCCGUGCUGGAUGUUAACGAAGCUCCUACACUAAUAUUGGCUAAGACAACUUAUGCUACCAUAGAAGAAGAUUCUGGAUACACUGUGGCAACAUUGAAUUUCACUUGUACUGAUGUUGACCUCGGACAAACUACGAGUUUAGCAAUAACGUCUGGAACACACAUGAGCUACUUUUCACUUGACUCAUCUACAGGUGUCAUGACGUUCGCUCAAAACUGGGAUUUCGAAAAUGGCGUUGUUCCUCCGCAGACGACGUCUUUGGAGAUAACGUGUGAUGAUGGAAACGGACUUAGUGAUGCAGGGACUAUUGUUGUCAACAUUGCAGCAGUGAAUGAAUUUUCGCCAGUAUUAAGUACAACUGCAGAAGACAUUACUAUAUACAGUAAUCAAACACUUAUAGAUCCGUUGUUCACAGUCGCAGCCUCUGAUAACGAUUAUGGUGACGACGGUUUGUUCGACUUUUCAAUAAUUGGGGAAGGAAAGGGGUCAAGAUAUUUUACUAUUAGCAGCACAGGACAACUUUUUAUAUCCGACUACAUUGACUGGAAUUAUAAUUAUACAUUUGAAUUCACAAUACAAGUAUCAGAUGGUGAAACAAAUCCACAUACGUCGCAUGUUAACGUCAUUGUGCGGUACAUAACGUUGUUCGAACCAACGAUCCCAACAAAAGAAAGUGCACGAUGUAUUUUAUGUACUAACACCGGAAAAGCGGUUGUAUCCAUUCUGUGUGUUGAAGGAGUUCUAAUCCUAUUUCUGUUCGUUCAUAUGUGCUGCCGUAUGAAAGCUUAUCAAAUCUGUCAGCUUAAACCUAAACCAAGUCUACGAACUGUGAGUGAUAUAAAGAAGGCAAUUCAGGACAGGUCGGUUACCGAAGACCCGUACAGGCCAGGAUCAGAAAUGCUGAACAGAGCUUUGCCAGAUGACAGACCUCCUUCUCCCUUCAUGUACAAUGUACCCCCUAGAGUGAGAGCUGAACCUCCAGCUGCUGCCGAAUAUAUCGAGCCGGGACCUGCCAUCAGCCUAGCAGAUAUUUCCAGUCCCCCAAAACGCUCAAGCCUUAUUACCACGGCACAAGUUACUAAUAUGAAGCCGAAAAUAAAAAACGUUCCUUCACUUUUCCAAAAUAAAGCGCAUGCACCGAGAAGCAUCAAUGAACCCGGGUCUGUUGUUGAGACAAAUAUGUACAAGUUUACUAAACAUGAUCAGCUGGCACCGUCCAAGUUAUCGAACACACACGAAAGAAUCAGUCCUCUGUUUGACAGACCCGAUAAUUCCGUUCUGUACAGUGAUAAUGCAAGGCAUCCACCAGAAAUUGGAGAACCUGUUAGUGUGUUAGACUUCUAAGACGUUCCUCGUUUCGUCUCAGAUUAUGUAGAGUGUGGUUUCUUGCCAGUCAAUUCGUCGCUUAGUUUUGUUAUACUCGAUAGUUAAAAAGCUGUAAUGAAUGUGAAAACGCAAAUCAUUAAAGGUAGUAGACCCGUUAUAGUAGUCGGCAUUUACCGUGUUAUGUCGUAGCCGCGCCUGUUAUGUCGUCAUUCUACGGCCAAUACUAAAAUGGGCAACUAAAUGGGUUACCAUAACAAUCGUGGAAUGCCGAAGUCUCAUGCGGGUAAAAUGCAGUUUGCACGGUAAUUACCUAUUAUCAUUACAGUGUCACUACUUUAAACUUUGUACUACGUCCACUAAGACUAACCGUGUGUUAUGUGAACAACCUUUGGUGUAAUUUUAAUAUUUUCUGUCAUUUUACACCUCAUGUAGAUGCUAUGUGCAACUUCCUCAUUGCUUAAACUUGAAUUUUAUAUAACUUUAUAUCUCAUGCGCAGAUGAACUAUUGUGUUUUUCUGUCCGUAUGAUAUGAUCAUUGAUUUGAUAUCUCAUGCUCAUAAGCACUAAUUUGUUGGGUUUUUUUCUGCAUGUGUGAUUUUAUUGUCAUAUAUCCAGUUUGGUAAUAUUAUUCUUUUGAGUUGAAACUACAAAAAUCAAAGUUGACUAGGCGCUUAUUGAUAUAUAUUGGAUUGAAAAGCGUACACCUUAUGACACACAAGAACAAAUAAAGAUAGAACGUACACCAAAUUCGCCACAGUUUCGGAUCGAGAUGAUCUUCAGUCUUUUCCGUACAAAUGAGACUCUACCUGUGACGAUAUGUCUAUAUUUUAUUGGUGUUAGUAUGAGUCUUUCAAUAAACUCAAUUGGCCAUUUAUAUUUAUUUUACCAUUAAAUAGCUGGAUCAUUCAUGUGUUUGGUAUUAUAUGAUAAAUAUUGCAUUCUCUCGUAGUAAAAUAUCUACUCGGCUGACGCAUAAUAGACAUUUGCGAAUUAAUCCGAUGCCGAAUCCGAGAUUGUAAUCCGAUAUUCAUAUUGUUUUUUGAGGGAUAAUCUCAAAACAUUUAUGUGCUAUAAUUUAAAUCAAUCAGAAAUAUCGGCAAAGUGUUGGUCGAUUUAGUUUAAACAUAUUUUAUUGCUCAUUCAAUAUUUACAAGCAUAUACAACAAUUUUUACAAACACAAACAAAUAAGCAAAUGGGUCGGGCCACAAGUUCUUACAACAUCAGAUGACGGCCCUCCCCAACAGAUAUAACACGAAACAAAUUGGCGGGAAAAUUAAAGGCUUUGUAAAUUCGAUUUAGUAUGACGUUUUUAACUUGAAUAUAUUGUUUUUUUGUAGUUAGAGCUAACAAAAACUUGUGUUUUUUCCGGUAAUAUGCUCACAAAAUUGGGCAGGUAGGCCGUUAAUUUUGGUGUUUUGAUAAUUUGCAAUUGUGUUGGACCUUUCGGAAAUUAUUUUUGUGUUAUAAAAUGAAUAAAAAUAAGAGGGUGCGCCUUUAGAGCAUCAGUAAAUUGAAUUCUAACAUCACUGACCAUGUUCAAAGCAUGUUAAAUAUUCUCAAGGAACAUAAAACAUUUACGUUAGAUUAAUUUGUAUAGGUCGGGAAACCAGAAGCACACAAUUUUUCUAGGCCUCAUAAUGUUUUGUCAUUAUGAAAUUUGGUUAACACUAUUCUGUUAAGUGUUAAGAAAAAGCCACAUGUCUCAGACGCUAUGACCUAUUAUCCGUGGAAACAAAAAGGGCGGACAGUAGACAUAUUGCUUCCUAUUUCUGUCAUCAUUAUGUUCGUUAUUAAGUGAGCUCAUUGUUAAGUUUUAAAUAAGGGAUGCAUAUUGUCCGGAUACCUUUGUAGUUCUGUGGGGCAAAUAAAAGUUGUUUCUUUUUUUAACUCUUACGGAUCUUUACGUCAUUAUAUAUAAAAAUAAUUUUCUAAAUAGGUUCAAUGAAGAAUUUUGCAAAACACGAAAACGUGUUAUAGUUACUUUCUUAUUUUUUUCACAGAUAAUCCUGGACAUAUUAAGUUCACCUAUCAAGCCGCACUGGUUGUGUAUCUAUGAUCAUGAGAUGUCCAUCGUACAUCCGUCAUCUUCCCCCCCCCCCCCCCGUCCGUACGUAGUGUUAUGAACAUAAUUUCCUUAAUCAAAGAGUCAGAUUUGUUCAGACGUAACAGAAGAAAUUCUUGUACAUGUUGUAGGUGCUUUUUCGAUACAUGAAAUAUUGGACCAUCCAUGCAGAGUUGAGAUGGCAAACGAAAUAAAAAAUUAUUCUCCUUAUUUACUCCCUUUUCAAUCCUUAGUCUACUUAAAAGCAAUGUUACCUUCAACCAAGUUUCAUUAAGUCCUGACCGCAAGUUACUUGUAUAGACUAUUCGAAUCUUUCAGAUUUUCUUAUUAUAUAUGGCUGUUGUGCAUACAUUUUUAUUAGGUGGACAUCAGAUCAUUGGCUAUGUUAAACAUGGCAUUGAGGGGAAAAAAUGGUUCCCAUAAUUAUAAUUUAUAACCAUAACGGAUUUUUUUAGAAUCGCCUUUUACAGGACUGCUAAAUUGAUAUAAAUAUAUUUCCAUGGAAACGUUCCUUUUGUGAAUCUAAAGAAUGUGACUGCCAGGGCGUGGAGCUGGGUUUCCCCAAACAGCAACAGAGUAAACUUCUGAGAUCUUCUUUGACCCCCAACCCUAAAAUCGCCGGAGCACAAGUAAUUUGACUUUUGUUCUGGGUGAAAAAUAUAAAAUAUGCAUUUUUUUUCUCUCUCUACGCGCACAUGCUUAAUUUAUCUUUUGUUCUGUGUGAAAAAUAUAAAUGUGCAUUUUAACUCGCUCGCUACGGUCGCAUAAGUAAUUAUUGUUUGUUCUGGGUGAAAUAUAUAAAAUAUGCAUUUUUUCUUGCUUGCUACGCUCGCACCUAAUAAAUCUGACAAAGUUUCCGUGAGCUCCUGUAACGCUCUUUACCAUUUCUACGUUAAUAGCCCUUGGUAACCCUUCCACAAAAAUGAUUACGUGAAGUUUCAAUCAAACGCCAUUAAUACUUUCCAAGUUAUACUCCGGACAAAACUGUGACGGACUGACGGAAGGACGGACAAAGCGACAACUAUAUGCUCGCCCUUUGUGGAGCAUAAAAAAUAUAUAGUAAAAAAAGAAGAAAACAAAAAAAAAAAGAACAGCUCAACGUUAAAAUGUUAGUCAACAACCAUUUUUAUCAUUUGAACCACUAAAUGUUUCGAGAAAGUCCCUACAGUAUACCCGAAGUCAGAUUCGGAUUCGGCAUUGGAUUAAUUCGCAAAUGUCUAAUAUUAUUCAUAUUUCGCAAUUUGAACAUUUGUUUCAUAUCACCCUGUCAUCAAAACAAUAUUUAGGUAAUAUCAGGAAUCAAGAGGGAAUUAUAUUAUUGUUAGGAUGAUUUGUUUUUAAUUGUGUUGCUAUUUGAACAUGUUAAGCUUUUUUUGUUUUAGUUGUCUAAUGUUUAAAUUGUCGCUCUUUUUAAAUGUCACAAACAGUAGAAAAAAAAUGUAGACAAAUAUCUUUAAAUCAGAUAUAUCAUGGA